GCAUGGAGCUGGGAAAAACACAUGUGAGAUGUAGUUGAGCUAAACUGUAGGCUUGCUUCAUCGGUUAUUUUGUUUUGUGCUGCUGCUCGCAUGUGAGCCCAUGACUGUUUCAUGGCCUUGUUCUGAAGAGGCCCAUGACACUAAGAUUAGUCAAAACAGCACUUGAUCUGAACAUUAAGCAUUACAAGAAAAAUGGCUGAAAUAAGAGAGAAGAUGGGGGCCAUAUCUCAGAAGAUCUGGCCGAGAGGCCGCGUUCCAUCCCACGUGGAUUUAAACCCACCAAAAGACGAGAAAAUGCAGAUGAAGAGAGAAAUCUCACUUACUAACGGCGUCUGUCUCAUCGUGGGCAACAUGAUCGGCUCCGGGAUCUUCGUCUCCCCCAAGGGAGUCCUUAUGCACAGCACCUCUUUUGGACUCUCCUUGGUCAUCUGGGCUCUCGGCGGCAUCUUUUCAGUAUUCGGGGCCUUGUGCUAUGCCGAGCUGGGCACCACCAUCACCAAGUCUGGAGCCAGUUACGCUUACAUCCUGGAGUCCUUUGGUGGAUUCCUGGCCUUCAUCCGUCUGUGGACAUCCAUCUUUCUGAUUGAGCCGGCCAGCCAGGCUGUGAUUUCUCUGACCUUCGCGAACUAUCUGGUGGAGGCUUACUAUCCCACCUGCAGCCCUCCAUACGAUGCUGUACGCCUUAUUGCAGCAGCCUGCUUGUGCAUGCUCAUUUUCAUCAACUGUGCCUGUGUGAAGUGGGGGACUAUAGUCCAGGACAUCUUCACAUACGCUAAACUAUCGGCCCUCCUCCUCAUCAUAAUGGUAGGGAUCCUGAAAUUGUCCACCGGCGAGACGACGAGCUUCGAAAGCCCAUUUGAGGGUUCCUCCACGGAUCCUGGCGCCAUCGCUUUGGCUCUUUACUCAGCUUUGUUCUCAUACUCCGGGUGGGACACACUCAAUUUUGUCACUGAGGAGAUUCAGAAUCCACAGAGGAAUCUCCCGCUGGCCAUUGCCAUCUCCAUGCCCAUCGUGACAAUCAUUUAUCUGCUGACCAACGUGGCCUACUAUGUGGUUCUGGACAUGCCCUCUCUGCUGGCCAGUGACGCCGUGGCUGUGACGUUUGGGAAUGAAGUUCUGGGACCAUUCAAAUGGGUCAUCCCUGUGUCAGUGGCCAUGUCCUGCUAUGGGGGACUCAAUGCCUCCAUUAUUGCCGCUUCAAGGUUGUACUUUGUGGGUGCUCGAGAGGGUCACCUCCCAGACACCCUCAGUCUGAUCCAUUUGAAGCGCUACACACCUAUCCCAGCACUGUUGUUUAAUGGCAUCAUGGGCCUGAUUUUUCUGUGCGUGGAGGAUGUGUUCCAGCUUAUCAACUAUUUCAGUUUCAGCUACUGGCUCUAUGUAGGCUUGUCUGUGGCCGGCCUCAUUUAUCUGCGCUUCACCCAGCCAGACAGACCCAGACCCAUUAAGAUGCCCUUGCUCUUCCCAUUCAUCUACUGCCUGUGCAGCCUGUUCUUAGUCAUUGUCCCUCUGUUUGGAGACACCAUCAACUCUCUCAUAGGCAUCGCCAUCGCCCUCUCAGGGGUGCCCGUUUAUUACGUGGCCAUCCAUCUGCCCGAGGAGAGGAGGCCCAAAUUCUUGCGCACGCUAAACAUUUUUGCUACCAGAAACACCCAAAAGCUACUCUACUGCUGCUUGACUCACCCGGAUGAGAAAAGACAAUAAGAUGCGGACAAACAUGAUCGCAAGGAGCUGAUGUUUCGUCUCGUCACAGACAGAAAAACAACGACCGCACGUGUCUGUGAACAUGUCACACGCCAGGUCAAGUUUAAAAAAAGGCCCGCGCUAUCGAAUGACGCCUGGCGGGGCAGGCACCCGAGACUCUUUAAAAGUAACGCACACUACUCACAAAAAUUUAGCUUGCACCCACACACCCAGAAAGGUGAGUAAUUGCACAAAUAAAUAAAAUAAAAUAAAUAUCUGUACUUGUUUGGUGCAUAUUUUGCUGCCAUCUAAACGAGGAGAUAAAUUGCAAUAAAGGUCAAAUUUUUUCUGCAAAUCAUAUUUUAGGUUGAUCCUGAAAUUUCACCAGCAUCUUUAACAUUUUGAGAAUAGUGUAUUUCUAGAUAGAGAUCAUUCAGUAGCUUCCAUGAGGAUGAUGUUGUUUUAUUGGACUAAAAACUGAACUGGGAGGGCCUUUGACAAUGCACAGACUUCCAAAUUGUAGGAGCGUUUCCGUCAUUUGAGACUUUGUAUAAUUAUGUGUUUUGUGUUUUUACACUGUGAACAAGAUUUGAUAAAGAAGUACUGUUUAACCUGAUGUUUCAGAGUGAGUUGCUGUUGUCACAUUAAAAUGAUUGAUUCCAAUGUC